GUGGCUGCCUGUCAAGGUCUCACCCACACCUUCGACUCCCAGGACCUCGUCGACGUCCACCUUACUGACGGUCCUUUGACUCGAUCCGAAGGGCCCAACAUCCACUCGGCCCCCAUAGUAACCUCGCAUCACGAUCCGCAUCCCGACACUCCCGCCCUGUCUCUCCCAGCUCUCGCCUCCCUCAAACUGUCGCCAAUACAAGUCAAGCAGGAGGAGAUCCCAAUCUCCCUGCAGACCCUGCACCAGAGCCAGAGUCUGAAGAGAGUGCGAGUGAAGAAGGAGUCUCGGAGCCCGAGCUUCAUGGUUGGGCUGCAUCGCUGGACGUGCUCCCCUCCAUGUCAGCAGUCACUGACCGCCUCUACCGCCGUCACCACCAAGAGGCCGCUCGCGCACUCACUCCCCCCGAAGUCCGACCGGCGGACAGCCACAACCACCGCCUCCACCCCCAGGCCAUCCUCCGUCCCCCUCGCUGCUGAUAAUGUCCUCUCCAGCGUCCCCUCCUAA